CACGACAUUAUCCAUGAUGGCCCUAUUAACGCACUCCUGUUUCCUUUUUUGCCACCCGACGCCCUGGAGGACUUACCAGCCUUUGUUCCUGCCCGGGCCCCAAUUUUGCCCGGAUACUGGUAGGACCGUCUGCACCACUGUCGACUACUACCCAACGGAUCAGAUCUACCAUCUGUUAACAAGUGCACGAUCACAGGUCUUCAAUCUCACCUCUCUCUUUGUGGACGAGAGGAUGGGAGACAUAGAACCCAAUAUAGCUCAACUUCCGACACAACCUCCAUACUACCACAAUGGGUACAGAAGCAGCCAGUCUCCUCCAAAUGGGCGGUAUUCAGCAGGAGGCUACAAUAACUGGAAUACACCCGCAAGCGAGAGAGCUGUUUCUUAUCCUGCUCAGCCACAGAACCGCUGGAGACAAGUUGGGCAACCACAAGGCAAUAAUGGACAACCUCUCACUGGUGUGUCUAAAACAACUUACACAUCAAACGUCAGGCGGCAGUCGAGAGCCCGCGAUUUAGCAGAUCAACGAAGAGAUUUUGAUUCGAGAAAUCCGACUGGUAUGCCAGGAUAUAACUAUGACACACCCACAAGACAAAACACGAAUCCAAACGGUGGUGAAGAUCAUUAUGAUUACCGAGGUGUCACUCAACUGAAUAGGCUGGAACCUCCUAAGAAUCUGGUGUAUGAGAACCCUCAACGAUUAGAGAGCAGAAAUUUCAGCGGAUAUUACGAACAGGAGGCGCAAAGAUAUCAGGAACCAUAUCAGAUACAGCCGCCGUAUACGCAGCAUAACAUAAAAGGCCAACCUGCAUAUCCUAGAAUAACAACGAGACCUCAGCCAAAUGGUAAUUGGAAGGGUUCACCAUUACAGAUGGAUUAUAAUAAGGCUUCAACCAGUGCAACGCCUUACUCUGGUUCUUCAAGCUCUAGAUUUGUUGCAAAUAGAAGAGAGAGGCGGAAUCAAGACGUUGAAGUAGCCUGCCAAGUUCAGUCGACAUAUGUGCCGCCCAGGGCAGCUCUCAGUGAUAGUUCUGAGUGGAAAUAUAUUGUAAACGUUCCAGAGAGGGACAGGAGGUUUAGUCAAGUCGUUAGAGUUGAUGUUUGCAUGAAUGAAGGACAACCAUGUUCGUCACGUUUGUCUUUACCUUUCGGAUUUGAAAGCCGAUGUAGACAAAAAUACAUAAAGAAGAAACUGCUUUCAUUAAAUGCUGAUGGACAAGGGACGUCCGAAGGAAAUUUCUUCAUUCCUUCCUGCUGUGUAUGUGAGAUCACAAGACCUAAUCGUAAAAAAUAGUUCAUAUUUUUUUUUUUUCAUUUUAAAAUCAUGUUCUAGCAUUAUAUGGCAGUGCCAACAUCGUACGACGCAAAUGAGACAUCCACAUUCUAGAGACAAAGCUGUUCGAAGUGCAAAUGAAGAAAACUAUCUAACCGAACUCUGAAUUGAUUCUGUUGAAAAGAAAGCUGUCUCGAUUUUAAGAAUGUGUGUUUGCAUGAAAGCAAUAACUUCACAAAAUCAGCUGUGAAUAGUCAGGAACAAGAACCGAAUUUUUCACUAUAUAGAAUUUCAUCUGGUGAGGUUUGUAAAGCAGAAUGAAACAAGCGUUCCAAGACACAGGUUAAAGAAAAAAAAAAGUUAAUCUGAAAUAUCAUUUCUUGUGUUCUAGAAAAAUUUUUAAAUCAAAUUUUAAUUUUAAUUUUUUUUCUUAUUUCGAAAGGUUAAAAAUUAAUUGUUUAAUAAUCAAAUGUUCUUCAGAGUUACAGAAAAAGAAUUUAUGCUGCAUCGUCGAAUAUCGUUUUUUAGCCCACUGGUCUGGAAAGGACGUUUUGCAUCGAAUCACUUUAAAUGUCUGAAUCUCUUUUCAAAUUAUUGCCACCAAAUAUUAGCAUCCUGUAUUAUAUUUAAAGAAUUUAAAUAAUGAAGAGUGUGCAUGGAUGUAUGUGUUUUUCGCAUUAUGAAAAAACAACGGUACAUAGAGUUAUCAAAUUCUGAAUAACGUAGCCCUCCACCCGAACGUGGGCACCUGGAAGCGUUAAUUUGGAACUUGAUUUAUUGCAUGUUUCAUAUUUUCUAAAACAUUAACGAAUUUUUCAUUUAAAAACUCAACAAUUUCAAAGCGAGGAUUGGCAACGCUGUAAGGAAUAAAACAAUUUUUUGUCUCCAGCACGCGAGGCUGUCUUUCG